AUGUUCCUAGAUGCAUUGCUGGCGGACUUGGAGUCGACGACCUCCCACAUCUCCAAGCGGCCAGUGUUUCUGCCGGACGAGACACCCUACUCUUUCCCCACGGGAGGACAGGCCCCUCCCCCUGUACCACCACCUCCCUCUGCUGAGGCCCUGAAUGGAACCUUGCUUGACCCCCUAGAUUCCACCCCCUUGUGCAAACAGUCCUACAGCCCUGCACAGAAAAGCUUGUGGUCCAGGGACAGCAGUAGCCCCCCCUUACCCCAAAGCGAAGAGGACCACGUCUACAGCUUCCCCAACAAGCAGAAGAGUACGGAGGCUGCCAUGAGCUCCUCCCUGGGCUGCAACCUGUCGGAGCUGGACCGGCUGCUUCUGGAGCUCAACGCUGUGCAGCACAACACACCAUCCUUCCCCACUGAGGAAGAGUCCGCUCCGCCCCUCCCUUCCAGCAGCACCACCCAUUAUGUGCAGGCGAACGGGGUUUCUGGGGCAGGCAAGUUGCCUCGCCCCACCAUGGAGAAGCCAAAACGCAGCGUGGCCACUAGGCCACCAGUCAUCGAAUACGUGCGCCCCAGCGCCAAGAGCCUCCUUGACGAGCAAGAAAGUUCUGUGCCCUCUCCCAUCCCCACCCCAUUGGUUGUAGAGAAGUUGGGGGAGGAGGAGACACCUUCCCAGCUGCAGGCCAGAAUCUCAGCCUCCUCCGCCACGCGGGAGCUUGACGAGCUCAUGGCCUCGCUGUCCGACUUCAAAGUCCAGAGCAACAUCAUGGCCCAGGGGAAGAGCUCACCCACGGCUCCCCCCAAACAGGCUAACAAGCUGGACAACAUGCUGGGCAGCCUCCAGUCAGACCUCCAUAAACUGGGCGUCCAGACUGUGGCCAAGGGAGUGUGUGGGGCCUGCAACAAGCCCAUUGUUGGACAGGUGGUGACUGCCAUGGGGCGCACAUGGCACCCAGAGCACUUUGUGUGUACCCACUGUCAGGAGGAGAUCGGCUCCAAGAACUUCUUUGAGCGGGACGGAGCGCCGUACUGUGAGAAGGACUACCACAACCUGUUCUCCCCACGCUGCCACUACUGUAACGGACCUAUCCUGGACAAAGUGGUGACGGCACUGGACAGGAACUGGCAUCCGGAACACUUCUUCUGUGCUCAGUGUGGAGCUUUCUUUGGCCCAGAGGGCUUCCAUGAGAAGGAUGGGAAGGCAUAUUGUCGGAAGGACUACUUUGACAUGUUUGCGCCCAAGUGUGGAGGCUGUACCCGCGCCAUCCUGGAGAACUACAUAUCAGCCCUCAACUCCCUCUGGCACCCCGAGUGUUUUGUCUGCAGGGAGUGCUUCACCCCCUUUGUGAACGGGAGCUUCUUUGAGCACGAGGGCCAGCCCUACUGCGAGGGCCACUACCAUGAGCGCCGUGGGUCCCUCUGCUCGGGCUGCCAGAAGCCCAUCACAGGCCGCUGCAUCACAGCAAUGGCCAAGAAGUUCCACCCUGAGCACUUUGUCUGUGCCUUCUGCCUCAAGCAGCUCAACAAGGGCACCUUCAAAGAGCAGAAUGACAAGCCCUACUGCCAGGGCUGCUUCAUCAAGCUCUUCAGCUAGGAAGCUAGCCCCCCCCCGGCCUGUUUGUGUGUGUGUACGCGUGUGUGCAGCUGUGUGUGCGUUCUGUGUUCCAAAUCUCUACUGUUCUGCCCUAGGUGUGCACUUGCUCACUUCCCUUCAUGAAUUUAAAAGGAAAUGACAGGUGUAAGAAAUAUGGUGGAAACUCCAGCCCAGUCCUAUACCAAUCCAAUGCUUUUUAAAUGUGUGGGAAGGAGUACGCAGGUGCACGCUUCAGAGAAAAAGAAGAGAAUCGUGCCACCGUGUGAGUGUUUCUCAAAAGGUGUAGGCUUGGAUAGAAGGCCGUCAGUGGCUAUGAUGAGGAGGCAGAGUUGUUCCUUACUGUGCAUGUAGCUGAGAUAAGCCUGGCCAUUAAACACCACAGCUCUCCCUACAGGUGCCUAUUUGGAGUAGUUGGAGUGAUCAUUCCAAAAUAUAUUUUUGUAGUUGCAAAACACUGUGUGCAAUUGCAAAUAAAUGCCUAUAAACUGUCUCUUGAUCUAAAACGCACACAGACAGAUUUUUAACUCGAGAAGAGGAAAGACUUUCUGGUCUCUCCCUCCUUCAUUUCUCUUCAAUUCUCUAAGACCAGUUCAAACACUUGGUGCUCAUUCUCAACUCAAUCAUAGAUCCCUCUCUGCAACCCUUAUGGGGGCAUUUUACA